AUGUUUAUUUUAUUACUAAUCAGUUGGUCUUCAACUGGGCUUCUAAUUGUUCAUUCCUUAGUUUUAUGGAAUCAUAUGCAUCUCAGAGGAGUCGUAAAUACUGGCGAGUUGUUCAUUUUAUAUCAGAAGACUCUGUGGAGGCUGUGCCAAUGAACUGGAUUAUAAAUAAAGUCAGCUGUUACUGGCCUCAACAGCAUUUAUUAAAAGUUGCUAUACCAAAAUGUCUACCACCCGAAAACUCAUGGAAAAUACAUAGCAUUCGAAUUAUUGGAGAAAUUUAUGAUGAUUUAGUGACUGCCAAAAUUAAAGCAAGUAAAGCAAUGUAUACAUCUGAUAUAAAUUCAGAUGUAGAAAAAGGAAUUGGUCACCGAAAAAAAAAAGCAAAUUCAAAGUAUACUCUUGAUUUAUAUGAUUCAGAUGAAACAAAUAUUGAUAUUGAUCUAGAUGAAUCUCGAGAUGAAUCAAAUAUAGAACGUUCCGUCUUGCUGUCCCCUAGAAAUAGUAAACAUCAUAUGAUUGAAGCUGAAAAAACUGAUGAUUUGGAAGUGCCCAUUCUCACUCCAAGGAAUACUAUGAUUCCAAAUUACUCAAAUAUCAGAGAUGACUCUGAUGAGGAACUAAUGAGCAAUAUCAUUGCUGAGGCUGAUGAUAACAAUCAUAAUGCCUCUAGAACGAAUGCUGACAAAAGCACAGUAACGCCCAAAAAAAUAUCAGAAGAGACUGGUUUUGAAAAAUUGCUCAAAAUUAAUUUUAAUCAUGUAUUUCGACAAUUAUCACUGAUUAAUUUCAAACUAGAUGAAGUAAUCAAAGAUAUGAAUUCUGGCAUGCUGCAAACCACGAAUGAAGUAGACAUAGCUGAGUCAUUCUUCACCAAAUUUGAAUUUCCUAUCAGUACUUUGGAGGAUCUGAAUGAUUUUGAGGCAUAUCUGAAGAAUGAUGAGAAUAAAAUAAAAGUGACUAAGGAACUCUCCUCGAUAGGAGGAAGUUCCCACAAAAUAAUGGUGAAACGUAUCAUGGACAAGGUAUUAAGUAAUGAAGUGGGCCAAUCAUUCAGCUGGCUUGGUUUUAAAAAGAAGAAAAACUUUUCUGUGUUAUUGAUAUCACAAGUGAUUAUAGAUGCUGUUAUAUCAUUGAAAACAAUGAAAGUGACCAGAGCUGAUGUUGAAGCUUCAAUCAAAUUUUGGCUCCUGAAGUCGAAGGAACGGCGAGAAAAGGAACUGAACCAAUAA